UCACACCGCUUUGGAUCUGUUAGUAGAGCGCUGGUUAUCAUCACUGUUCCAUCAUCCGUCGACUCUCCCUUGGUUCGUGCAAAGCUGUUUCUUUUUUGCACUUAUUAGAAUGGCAUCUCCUUUGGUUCUAUUGCUGUGAAAAGAACAUCAGAUGUCACCUGGAUCCUCUUGGCUUUACCUCUAUCUUAGUCUUCUCAGGUGUUCCAGAUCUAUCUGUCGCUCGGUGCACCAAAUCCAACUUUCUCGCCGCUAUUUGCCACCACUUCCUUCAACUACCUUCCGAUUAAACGUGGAUUUCUGCCACUGCUGUGUGCUUUCCUUGAAAUCGUUUUAGCUCUGAGGUGGCUGCAGUACUGCACAUUCCUGCCCCUCCUACUUAUGUCUAUCAUUGUGUUGGUGAUGGCGUGGCACCUUGAUUGUCGUUGCCUACCGAGGGUCUCGUUCGUCACCUACGCAAGGUCAAGCUUGCCACCUUAUGUGACUGUAUCCACGCACUGCCUUUGCUCGACCGGCCAAUGCUACAUGCUCGCUCUCACUCCAAGACAUCUAACGUUUUGGUCUGCCACAUCCGCGCUUGCGUUUAUACCUGCAACUUGUGGCACUCCUGUGUUAUGUGACAUCUAGCUGGCAUACUCUCCUUACGUCAAUCCAUUCCCAGUGCUAACCUCGGAAUUCAUACAUGCAUAUUGGAGUUUGAGUAUGGGUCCGCUGUUGUUCAAGCAUUGUUUUAUGAUUUGUUGACUUUGUCUGAGCAUCACAAACUUAUCCCGUCGCAAAAGUUGACUUCAGUCAGAAGUCGGCGGGAUACCACUCCAAGUGGCAUGUCUCAGACCACAUUGCAGGCAAUCGGUUACAAAGCGAUGGACUC